ACUUCAUCAAACGUACAAGAUGGUAAAGCAACAUACGUCGGCUCAUGUGCUGAUGGAAUAUGUUCUUGGAAAGGAAUUCGAUAUGCUUCACCACCGAUUGGAAAUCAACGUUUUUCUCCUGCAAAAGUACCCGCAAGUUUGACAGGAACGGUUGAUGCAACCGAAUACGGACCAACAUGUUUGCAAAGCGGAGAUGGAAGACAAAGUGAAGAUUGUUUGUUUGCAAACGUUUUUCGUCCUUCAGGUGUUAGUUUGAACAAAAAAUUACCCGUUUUGAUCUUUGUACAUGGAGGCGGAUUCCAAUCAGGCGCCGGGUCAGAACAUGAUCCUUCACAAAUGAUCCUUGCAGGUGGAAAUGAUUUACAAGCAGUCGUCAUCACCAUCAAUUAUCGUUUAGGUCUCUUUGGUUUCUUGGGCGGAAGUACGUUCGCGCAACGUCAAAAACAGAAUCGAAAUGAUGUUACCCUAAAUGCAGCAUUCACAGAUGUUGUACAAGCAAUCAAUUGGUCAUCCGAUCAUAUUGCAGCUUUUGGCGGUGAUCCAGACAAGAUCACCCUGUGGGGUCAAUCCGCAGGCUCGUUCGCUUCUGCUGCUGUUAUGCUCGGAAAGCAUACAUCGCCAAAAUUCAAAGGUGUUAUCUUGGAAUCUGGUUCUCCCGGUGGUGUCCCAAUCGACCCUGCUUCACGCAAAGACGGUCAAUUCAACACAGUCGUUUCCAGCGCUGGAUGUUCAGGAAAUCCAGAUGUUAUCGGGUGCUUACGUGGUGCAUCUGCAUCUAACUUACUUCAAAUCUCUAAUUUACAGGCCAACUUGAAUGGAAAUGUGAAUACUAUUCCACGUGGAUACUAUGCUUGGACAGCCGUUCAAGAUGGCGGACCAUCAAACGGCGGAUUCUUUUCCGAUCGUCCAAGUCAGGUCAUCAAUGCUGGUAAAUUUGCAAAUGUGCCAGUUUUGCAUGGUGAUUGUUAUGAUGAAGGUACAUACUUUGCUGAUCAAGAUAGUAAUAAUACUCAAGAAACGUUUGACUAUUUCAGGAGAAUCUACUUUGACAGCGAUGAACUCUUGCAAGAAGCUUUACAGCAGUAUCCCGAUGAUCCAGUAGUAGGAUCGCCUUAUAAACCACACGAUGGUGAUUAUUCAAACCGAUUCUACGGAGCGACUAACCAAUACAAGCGCAUUUCUUCUCUUUACGGUGAUAUUCGUUAUCAAUCCAACAGAAGGUUCUUUUUGGAUGCAAUCGCAAAUCGAGGAACGACUGCUUAUUCGUACGAAUUCGCACAAUACGUACCAGGAAAUGCAGAUUCGCUUGGUUAUCCGCAUGGAUCAGAUUUGGAUUAUGUCUUUAACAUUCAAGACGGAAAUCCAUUUGGAACAACGCUGUCACGUCAAUGGUUAUCGUUUGCCGCUUAUCAAACACCCAACAAAGCCGGAAAUGGAAGUCCACUAUGGAAACAUUAUACAGCAAAUUCACCAAAACUUUUGUAUUAUGCAAAUAAUACAAUCACCACGAUUGACGAUACCUUCCGUAAAGGACCAAUGGACUUUUUG